CCUCAAAAAUGUUAUAUAUCAGCAAUUCCAAUAUCUUGUGUUUUCAUUAUCGAAAAUUAUUUACAAAAUGGUCUUACAUGAAUUCUAUACGGUCAAAAAGUUCCGCAGAAACAAAAAAGAAAACAUAUUCUCAUACAAUACUUACACCAAAAACAAAUUUUCCAGCUCGAUCCAAAAGCGCAAAGGAAGAUCUCCAAAAGACUGCACAAUUUUCUGAGCUCUACAACUGGCAGAGAGAACAUUUAACUGGUCCUGAGUAUGUGUUACAUGAUGGCCCACCAUAUGCCAAUGGGGAUUUACAUAUGGGUCAUGCUGUUAAUAAGAUAAUAAAAGACAUAAACAAUCGAAGUCAGGUACUACAAGGGAACAGAAUCCACUACAUACCCGGAUGGGACUGUCACGGUCUUCCAAUAGAAUUAAAAGCUUUGCAAAAGGCGAAAAAGGUGUCAAAGCAAAAUGAACCCAAUGACCCUGUACAUAUAAGGAAACUGGCUAGAGCCUUCGCAUUGGAGACGGUCAAUAAACAAAAGGCCACAUUUAAAAGCUGGGGAGUCAUGGCUGAUUGGGAUAACUGUUAUUUGACACUAAAUAACAGUUAUGUGCAGAAUCAGUUACGGCAGUUCUAUAAAAUGUACAAAUCGGGACUGAUAUACCGUGCUUUGAAACCUGUUUACUGGUCACCUUCAUCAAGAACAGCAUUGGCAGAAGCCGAAUUGGAAUAUGAUGCUCAAUAUAAAAGCAAAGAGGUCUACGUUUCAUUUCCUGUACAGAAUGUUCCCAGUGUCCUCCAAAAUGUGGCAGCAGGGAAGAAUAUCUUCGCCAUCAUCUGGACUACUACUCCAUGGACCCUGGUCGCCAACAAGGCGAUCUGCUACAGUCCCCAGCUCAAGUACAGUCUGGUCACACUGGCCAGUAGACCGGGAGAUAUCUUCAUAGUCUGCAGCACACUUGUAGAGGCACUGGAAAAUAUAUUAGGAACUGAGAUUAAACAAUUAGUUGAAUUUGAUGGUCAUCAACUUGAUGGGACCACAUACAAGAAUCAUUUAGUCAACGAAAUACUGCCAUUCCUGGAGGGAGAUCACGUGACAGCCAGCAAAGGGACAGGUCUAGUACACACUGCGCCUGCGCAUGGACCCGAGGACUUUCUAGUUGCAUUGAAGAACAACAUGACUGUGCAAUGCAACGUUGAUGAAUCUGGUCGCUACAUUAACUUGACCCCUGAAUUCAAUGGACUCCAAGUACUAUCUGAAGGCCAAGAUCUGGUGGUCGACCGUCUUGGGGAAUCAGUGAUACACCGUGGAGUCUAUGUACAUUCGUACCCUCUAGAUUGGAGAACAAAGAAACCAGUUAUAAUCAGAGCAAGUAAACAGUGGUUUGUGGAUACGGCCGCUUUGAAGGAGAAUGCAUUGGCGUCUCUCGACAAAGUACAACUGCUGCCGGCGUCUAGCGCGGAGCAAUCGCGGCAAGGGUUCCGUAGCCAGUUGGAGCGACGUCCGUACUGGUGCAUAUCACGACAAAGAGCCUGGGGUGUGCCUAUACCGGCAUUGUAUCAGGGAGAUAGUGUUAUUGUUGAUGAGCGAAUCAUAGACAAGCUUUGCUCUCUCAUAGAGACUGAAGGGCCGGACGUUUGGUGGACUUGUGACGCGAAAAAAUUGCUACCGGACGAUGUUAUAAAAGAGCAGAAAUUGGAUGUCAAAGAAGUUGUUAAAGGCCAGGACAUUAUGGAUAUCUGGUUUGAUUCUGGCAUAUCGUGGACGACCCUCGGCGGGUCUAAAGCGCAGUUGUAUUCAGAGGGCUACGAUCAGUUGACUGGCUGGUUCCAAACAUCGCUGCUCACGUCUGUCGCUUUGACAGGGGAAGCUCCGUAUCGAUCUGUAUUUGUACACGGUUUCGUUGUGGAUGACAAGAAAAGAAAGAUGUCGAAGUCCAUUGGCAACAUAAUAGAACCCGCUACCGUUAUACACGGCGGCAAGGACAGGAACACUCAGCCGGCAUAUGGGGUAGAUACAUUAAGAUGGUGGGCAGCAAGCCAUGCAACUCAGCAUUCUCAAAUAGUCAUUAGCAAGAAACUCCUCGACGAUUGUCAAAGUGAAGUCAUUCGGAUACGAAGCAUAAUAAAAUAUCUCCUCGGCGUGAUAAAUGACUUAGAAAAAUCUCAUUUCAAUAAAACCCCAUCUUUAAAUUACUUAGACGAAUACAUGCUGAGUGAAACUUAUGAUUUCCUUAAACAAACAAACGAACAUUACAAUAAUUUUAGAUAUAAUCAUAUAGCGCAGUCAACACUGUUUUUUAUAAGCAACAAAGUCUCUGCACUCUACUGUCAUUGUAUAAAAGAUAGGUUAUAUUGUUCUCAUAAGGAAUCGAACGAAAGAUUAUCGGCUCAGUUAGUUGUUCAUACAAUUUUGAUAUCUUUGUGUAAAGCAUUAGGGCCCAUUUUGCCACAUCUAAUAGAAGAAGCAUGGCAAUAUCAUCCGUUGUAUGAAAAACCGUUUUACUUUACAAGAAACUUGUCACUUUUGCCGCCAAAAACAGUUGACACUUCGCUUAUGGUCGCCAUGUUGGAAUUAAAAAGAGACAUUUGUUUGAUUACAAAAAAUGAAAAUUUAAAGAAGUUCAACGUGAAUAUUAAAUUAGAAUUGAAUUUAUAUGAUAAAUUGAAGGAAUUAAAUAAUACUAGUGAUGCGAGUGAUAGUGUAUUGUGCGAAAUAUUAGAAGUGUCAUCUGUUAAUUUGGAGGUUAUGAAUGGCGGGAAAAAUUGGCAUAUUGAAAUGUCAGAAAGUGACAGAAGUCAAUGUUUGCGGUGUAGGAAAUAUAAUGCUUUGGAAAAUAGUGAUAAGUGUUCGAGAUGUGAGGAAGUUGUUAAUGUAUUAUAG